CCUGGCCCCGCCCCGCAGCCGUGCCCAGGAAGCGGGAGCAGGAAGCUGCGGGCCGCGGGCAUGGCGGGGAGCGGCCUGGCGGUGAGCGGGGAGCCCGCGGGCAGCGCAUGGGCUGGAGCGGGGCUGAGAGCCGGCGCUGCCCGGGCCGGGUGUAAAAGCCAUUGCCAUGAGCCUCAUCGACUUCAUAUGCACAGCAGCCACAGCGUCCAUGAAGAUAAAGGUCUCCCAGGCCCAUAUCCCAUUGCUGAAGACCCCAGCACCUGUGGCAUUGUCAAGGCUACACAGUAUGGAAUGCUAGAGCGAUGCAAAGAACUGGUAGAAGCAGGAUAUGAUGUUCGACAACCAGACAAAGAAAAUGUGACUCUUCUUCACUGGGCAGCAAUAAACAACAGACAGGAGCUGGUAAAAUAUUACAUUUCCAAAGGUGCGGUAGUGGAUCAGCUUGGUGGAGAUUUGAAUUCUACACCCCUGCACUGGACGAUCAGACAAGGACACCUUCCGAUGGUCAUGUUAUUGUUGAAAUGUGGAGCGGAUCCCAGUCUUAUUGAUGGGGAAGGAUUCAGUAGCAUUCAUUUAGCAGUGCUAUUCCAACACAUGCCCAUCAUAGCCUACCUCAUAGCAAAAGGCCAGAACAUAGACACAACAGACUUCAAUGGGCAAACACCUUUAAUGUUAACAGCACAAAAAGCCAUUGGACCAGAACCCAUGAAAUUCCUCUUAAAGUUUAACCCCUCUCUCAAUGCUGUAGACAAUGUUCAAAAGAAUACUGCACUGCAUUGGGCAAUAGCCUCAGGAAACACUAGUGCAGUGGAUCUGUUGUUGGAAGCUGGUGCUAGCCUGGACAUAAAAAAUAUUAAGGGAGAGAGACCUCUUGACAUUGCUUAUGAAAGUCAGAAUCACUUCAUGGUUUACAUGAUACAAGAGGAAGAAAAAAUGAGAAACAGGAGAAAUAACAGGUUACUGAAAAUAGUAGAGAAAUACGAGCUGUUCCUGAUGAUAGCAUCUUCCUUGUCAUUCAUGUGGGCCAUUGGAUACAUCAUGGACUUAAGCUCUGAUUCUUGGCUUUUAAAAGGAGGUUUGCUUCUCAGCCUGCUAUUUGUGAUGUCUCUGUUUGUGAGGCUACUCAUGGGGCUCAAGAAUCUAAGAUAUCUUCCCACAGCAUUUCUGCUAAGUUCAGUUUUUUGGAUGUCCAUGACCUGGUUUUUCUGGUUCCUGCCUGAUACCACAAAUAUAAUUCUUAAAAUCGCAGUUACGUUCAGUAUGAUGGGUCUUCUCUAUUAUUUCUAUAAAACCUGGAGUACUGAUCCUGGAUAUAUAAAGACUUCAGAAGAAGAAAGAAAAGAGAACAUUAUAGCUCUUGCAGAAGCUGGUUGCUUGGACUUCAGAACAUUUUGCACAUCAUGUCUUGUAAGGAAGCCUUUGAGAUCUGUGCAUUGCCUUGCUUGCCAAGCAUGUGUAGCCAGAUAUGAUCAGCAUUCUUUGUGGACUGGACAGUGCAUAGGCAUUGGGAACCAUUAUUACUACCUGUUGUUCCUGUUUUUCCUGACAAUGACUGGUGUAUGGCUGCUUUAUGGAACUCUUCAGUAUUGGUCCAACCACUGUGCAGCAAAUUUCCAUCAAGAUGGAGCAUGGAUGUACUUCACCCAGACAGUGUCCUGCUCUCCCUGGAUUUCCUACGUCUCCUCAGUAGCUUGUUUCCACACCCUGUGGGCCUCUGUGUGGCUCACUGUUCAGCUUUAUCAGAUUGUGUUCCUGGGGUUGACCUCGCAUGAAAGAAUGAAUCUCCUGGUACAGAGAAAAUCUUCUAAGCAUCCUGUUUCACUCAGGAGGACUCCUUACAACCUUGGAUGCUUCCAGAAUCUUGCAGACUUUUUAGAGUGCAGUUGCUUUGGUAUGUUCAAACCCAACUUAAUUGACUGGACCAAGCAAUACAAACUUUUUCAUCUGGCAAAGGAGACAAAUGUUCAUUCUGUGUAAAAUUUUGCUUAAUUUCUAAGAUGGUUGAGUGGAAAGCUAAAUAAAACUAGAUAUUUUGUUAAUUUCUUCAAAUUAUUCUUAAGCUGCUUGUUUUUAUUUUUUAUUAUUGUUUCAAAUAUUGAACUUACCUACAUAAGAUACAGCAGAUUUGUAUAUGGAACAGUCACUGUGUGUCUGUGUAUGUAUAGUUUGAGCUGAAACUAUUUAAAAUGUUACGUGAGGAGAUGACACAAAUAUAUAUUUUUUAAAGGUAAGUUUUUGGGGCAGAAUUUCAAAAUUAUGUUGGUGCCAUUUGCUUUAUUUUCUGGUAACAAAAGACAAAUUUGAAAAUUAAGAUCAACAUUCAUGUUUAAAAAUGUAAUAUUACGAUGACAUUGUAAUUUUAUUGCUUAUGCUGUGAAAAUCUCUAUUAAGUCUUUGUAUUUGAAGAGUUUACGUCUAAUAAAAUAGAGCUUUCAUACUGGUAAGUGUAUUUUUGGAGGUGGAAAUAGAUUCAAGAGAUAUGUGACCAGUGAGGUAUUUAAGAAUGGGUGGGCACACAACCAUAAGAAGGAGCCUGACUCUUUGCCUUUUCUUUUUCACAUAUAUAUGCCCUGUUAGGGUAGGAAAAUGGGUAAGUUUAUGGUAGAAGAUAGCAAUGCACAUAAAAAGAGGGAAUUGUUCCCCACUGCAUCUGUAAUAGCUAAUGUCAGCCACAUUCCUUAGAAAAGGAGGGGCCAGCUAUACAGUGUGAUAUGAAUGUGAGUCAAAGUAGGUAACAAUGAAAUCAGCAGGGAAAGAGUUCAAGAUCAGGAAAUGAAAGCCAGAUACCAUCUAGAACAGACAUCAUAAGUACUGUAGUGAAAUGCAAUUCUUGUGAGGGGUUUCAUUCAUCUUGGUGAAAUCCAUUUAUCUGAAACAUUGUAGACUGUGUAAGCACAAGCAAAUACAAAUAAAAAUAAUGUCAAGCAGUAAGUACUUUAUUGUAGCUUGAAAGCAGAAAAAACUUAUAACACUGUAUCCUGAGAAAAUAUUGGGUUUUUUUAGAAAUAUCUCCCUCAGAGAAAGAGAAUUUCAAAUCCUUUUUAGUUGUCUCAAAGCAAAUAACAUCUACUUGUUCUAACACAAUUGCCAGCAUAAUCAUAACUCAGCUAGGAGACUGGUGGAAAUGCAGACAGGUUAACAUUGUGAAAAAAAGAAAAUACAAUCUAACUGGGAAUACCUGGACCCUUCACUCCAGAAGGUAUCCCUAUCAUAAUGGGGCACUCUGAGUCUAAAAUUCCAGUCUAAAAUGUGACAAGUACUAGUUUAAGAAGCAAUAAUGUUCCAUGAGGUUCCUUGUCUAUAUACUAAACACAAACAUAAGUCUAGUUUUAUAAUUGUACCUUUUUAAUCUACUCUAAGAAUUUCUUAAGAUACAACUCACAAUUUUUUUUCUGCAAGGAGGAAGAUCUUAAUCAAAUGCCCUAGGUACUUAGCAAUAUGUGUUGUUUAGUGUUUUACUUGACAGCUAUCACUUGGUGUCAUCAACAGCAGUUUGAGUCUGUUGCAUUCAUUUCUUCUCAUUCACACUCUUUCUUCUCCACUUGAGUGAGGCCACCAAACCCAAUUCCUUUGGGACCGAAGUUUUUUGCAUAGCAAACUACAAAAGAAGGAGUGGGAAGUAAAUGGUACUCUGAAGGCUCUCAGAGGUAAAUGUCUUUUGGUUUUCAUUUUUAAAUUACUAUCAAAUGUAAGUUGAUAAAAAGGAAGGAAAUCUGAAGUAGUGUGUUUCCCAUAAGUUUAUCUGAUUCUUAAUACUGAAACUGGUAUUAGAUAUUUGAAUUACACAGAAGUUGCAUCUGGUGAUCUCAAAGAAAUUUAGGAAAUUAUAUAUAUUUUUUAGAUCUACGUAAUACUUUCAUUAAAGCUACUUCUCUGUCUAAAAAUGCUCAGUAAAACUUGGUCUGAUGAGUAAUACAGAGUAAGACAGAGAUUUUUAAGAAGAACUGGAGCAUAAUCCAGAAACUAUUGAUGGGCAUUUAAGUAAUUCCAUUUGAACUCUGUAUUGGUUAAUGUGUGCAUUGUUGUUUAUCACAAUUCUGCUAAGUGGUAAUGGUGAGCAUAUUUCUCCAAAUAUGCCAAUUUGAUCCACUUGUGUUGACAGACUGUACCCAAAGUCACAGAACUCCAGUAUUCUUUUUUAGGGCUCUCUAUAAAGUUUAGCUUUGUAUAUAAAAGCUUCACUUUUUUUUUUUCCCGUUAAGCUAUUUCUAGGAGUCAAGUCUGUGAACUUUAUGAAUCUGAGAAGAACAUCUAGUUGUGUAAUUUACCAUUUUUGCAUUAUCUUCUGUGAUACCAAUGCAGUGGAAAUAUCUUCAAAACUAUUGUCAAGAAUUCUGAUUUGGAGGACCAAAGAUCUGUAUCUUUGUGGAUUUUUUAUUUUAGUGAAUGAGACUGCGCAGGUACAAGAGCCUGCCCAGCAGAUAUGGCCAGUGCUCUGUUAGCAGGUCUGGCAGAUUUGAGAAGUUGUCCCACCUGUAGAAAAAUUAUAGCUUUAAAAUUUAAAUGUUAAUAGUAGAAGCUGCAAAUGCAGUGUUACCACAGCUCUUUGCUUUCAGAAGGUUGUUAAAAAAAGACAAAAAUGAAAUUUCCUCGGGGUUUUAAGCGUUCAGCAAGGCAAAUCACAAUGGCAAUCUCAGGUCUAAAGAGAAUAACUUUAGAUUGACUCUGUAGCCCAGUUCAGCUCUCUGCAACUCUUACCUUUACAGUAGAGCUCUCCAUCCUUGUCUGUAACGUUCGUGGAUUCUAAACUCUUCCCACAAAUGGCGCAGCGGAAGCAGGUCUUGUGCCAAGGCUGAACAAGGGGAGACAAUUCAUUGUGUGGCACAGAAAGUGCACAGCCAGCAGGUACAAGAAACAAAGAAGUACUGCUUUGUGUGGUGUGGAAAGGUUAAAAUUAAUUUGUAGAUCUUGUGGCUUCCAUUUUUAGUCAGUCUGGGUUAGCCUUUUUUCAGUUACGUUGUCUAAUAUAUCUUCAAUUGCCACUACACAUAAAUGUUUAUAAAUAUGCCCACAGAUGGAGGAAGAGCCAGCUUGUACAGUAAUCUGUGCUUGGUCCUCAAACAUUAGUAAGAAGCAAAAAAUUUAAAUAUAUUUACAAAAAGUACAAGAUUUUAAACCUGUUGAAGCAAUUUGCAAAUUCAUCCUUGUGUUUUCUUUAUGAAUGAAAAUUUAAACUAUUGAGGACCUCUUAGCUAUAUUUCCUCACCAUUAUAAAAUGGUGGGGGUUUUUUCCUAGUGAUGAAGUCACUACUUACUUUUCCUCCUCCCAUGAUCUUUUCUGCAGCGUACACUGAUUUGCCACAACGGGGACAUUUAUCCACAUCUACCAUCUUCUUGGCAAACUUUGAAGCAUUAGUUGGUGUUGAGGGGCGAGCAGGCUUUGGUGACCCCCUAAAACAGAAGUUUUUAAAGCUGCUUAAAAAUAUCUUCUUUAAAAAAAAAGGAUUUAAUUAUUUUUUAGUAAGGCAUAAAAAAUACUAAAUUGCUCAUCUCUGACAUGCAAAAGGGGAUAAAAAAAGAAGAAAAUCAAAGUAUUCUAUUGAAUUCUGUGUUUUAUGAUUGAGAAGCUGGUACUGUAAGCUCUGAUAUUACCUGUUCUGGGCUAAAUACAUGGAACUGGCACCAGCCACAUGCACCAAAGAUUAUAUUUAAUAAUAAUUGAAAUAAAAACCAAUUUUGUCUCAUUGGGAGGCAACAGGGAAAAUACAAGGAAAAGAUGUCUCUAGUCUUUGUAACUGGUUAUCUGCUGGUACUCAUCAAACUGAAAAUAGAAAUUCAGGUUUUGCAUGCCAUAGUUUCGUUAGGCAGUGAAACAUUUGGACACGGAAUUGGGGUUCUUGCCUGGUCUAGGGUCAAAAGGACAUCAGAAAAGUGGCUUUGUUUUUUAGUUCUGGACUUCAUGCUUUAAAUCUUUGUGCAUAAAGCCUUUCACAGAAUGAUUUCUGAAUUAUCAGAUAGCUGGACUGAAACAGGUAAUUUUAUCCACAGGAUGCAAGUUUUGAGUGCAGAAUUCUGCCUGUAAUGGAUUUGUAUGGUACAAGGAGCUACAGUUAAAUACAUUGUUUAAGCUUUUAUUUCCUGCACAGCAUAUUGGUUAAUUGGUUUCUUUAAAGUAGACCCUCAGAAGGAAGAAGAAACAUCAUUGAUUUAGAAAUUUGCAACUUUGAGAACUGCAGGAAAAUCCUAUAAAAAUGAACUGUCAGAGCUAAUUAUGUGUUUUUGAAAGAUGGUAUCCCAUUAGAAUUUCUUUGUUCAAACCCAUUCUCAGUGUGUUUGUAAGUGUUACUAGAACCACAGGGAGGAUUUAGAAAUGUUAUUUCCCCCAUUGAGAGGAGCGCUAACAGUAUGGGGUAUUGUGAUUAUUUCUCUAAGAGUAAAACAUUAACUGUAUUUUAGCCUCUAACAGGAAAAAAAAAAAUCUUUUCCUAUGGUCAAUGUGACUUUACCACUGUGCUGCAAAUGGCAGAUUACAAUUGCAGUGAAUAUUUACAUGUGUGGUGGCAUAUAAAGGCUGCUUCUGCAGAAUAAUUACCUAUUGAAGGAGGGUAUAAUUUGUAAAGCAGGCUUGAAGAGACCGAGCGUCAUUAAAAACUGUGAAUUACAGUGUCCAUGGAAGGAAAGGGUGUAGGAAAGUCUGCUCUGCUCCUUAUGCUAGAUGUUGUUAUGGAAACAGAAUGAAAUACAUAAAACACCCUGGUAAGAGACAAGUAGGACCAGAAAAAGGAGUUGUCACUAGGGUUUGACUCACUGCUGCAGGUUCAAGCCCAGGUGGUCUCCGGUGUCAGUGCUGAGGCAUCCAGCCCCUUGUCCAAAGCCAACCCCUUUGGGGCCAUAUUUUCUCCCAUAACAGGUUUUGCAGUAGAUUUCGGAUUCGUGAGCUGCUACUGUGGUGCUGUCCAGAGCCUUCCUGCAAGCCACUGAAAACAGGGAGAGAAAAGCACAUAUCAGCAUUUGCCUUUACAAAUUUGAAUUAAUGUGGUUUAAAAUAACUACAAUUAGUAUUUCUUUCUGUUUAGCUUUAAAAAUGUGGGGAAAGGAGCCAGUCAGUAUAAACUUGUCAGUAUAAAACUUGACUGAACUGUUGCUGAAGUAAGGGGGAGGUACAUGUGUGUACACAUAACCUGUUCUUUUGCCCCUCUGAAGUUCUCUUGUAACCCCAGAGAAAUUUAGAUCUGUGAAGAAUAAAAUGGGCUUGAGAUUGAAAUUUGGCAUCCUGAACUCCCAGACCUUAAAAAAGGGGGGAAAGAAGGUUGCAGGGACAUUGAUCUGGACUUUUCAGGAUACUUGCUAUGAGUCUGUGGUGGCUUUCUCAGCUCAGCCCAGGCUGUUUUGACAUGGUUUAUUUCUGAGAGAGGGUUUAACAUCGACUCCUGUCUGGAGUCAGACAGGACAUGUUGGGGUUUUUUAAUAAUUAUUUGUUUGUUGGAGCUGUGGCACUAAGGCAAAGCAAGUGUCAGCUCUGUCAGACUUCCUCCAGGAGGACAGAAAUGUGGUUGUAGCCAUUCACAAACAGAGCUCUUACAAAUCAUCUUUGGUACAGAGAACUACACUUAGCUUAGCUCAGUAAGAAAGGUCUAGCAGGCUUUUGGACAGAAGGUGUCAUAAGAAUGCCCAGCUUUCAUCAGGGAAUACAAAUACAAAUUAUGUCCUCUACAGCACUACUAAUAAUGAAUGGGGAAAAAAUAUAGUAGCUACACUCCUCACUACUUAAUGAGGAGUGUAUGCCUGUGUUUGCUGCACCACUUGGGGAACUCGGUGUGAGACAGCGUCCACCCCACAGAGAGAGAGAGGAAGAUGUUUCAAUUCAGAGUCUCUCUUGAAAACCAGGAUUUUCCAGUAUGCUAAAAAAUUACUAUUUCAAUACUUCUUACAAACUGUUCACUGUUCAACAGUGGUUGAUUAGAAGUGGGGAAAAAAUACACAAAAACUUUCUCUCCAGGUUCCUUAGAACAAAUGCUUACCCUGCAGAGGGCAUUCCAGUCAUGGGCUAUUGAUAGCUUGGAAAACAAAGUUGCUGAGUUCACUUACGCAACAGAAAGCUGUGAAAUACAGAAGUAUUGAAAGUGGCCGGAAGUGCAAACUCUAGAGGAGCUACCUGGGUGUUUGAUUAGCCCCUUUCCCCCAUGUUUACUUUAAAUGUCCUCCUCUGAAUCCAAUUUAUCCACUGCAGGAAAUUUACAGCCUGGAACCUCUGCAGCUUUAAUUAUGCUGCAGAGGGUUGGAAGAGACUUAAAAGAUCAUGCAGUUCCAACCCCCAGACCAGGUUGCUGUUAAGGGGAAGUAUAAAUAGUUAUACAUCCCCAACUCUCUGGUUAUCUUUGUGGCUUUCCUACUCCCUAUAUUGCAUGGAGGGAGAAAUAAUUUGCAAAGACCUUUAUAUAGAAAUAAAAUGAGGCAGUUCUGUACUACACUCUUGCUUUGAGAUGAUAAUUGUAUUUGCUGAGGGAGUUAAGGGAUGAUGGAAACUCUAGCAGUAAAGUGUUUCUAUUUCUGGUACCUUAGGGAUAAGGUAUCAAUUCACCACGACAGAUGGAGCAAAAGCCCUUGAAGUGCUAUUGUUGAAAUAACUUUGAGACCUGUCAUCAGCCAACAGAUCCUGUUCUCCCACUGGCAUGAGGAGAUCCAGGUUGAUGGCAUGAGAUCCUGCCAAAUGUCCACCACAGCUGCUCUUUGGGUAAAAGCUGUCAGUGAAACGUCAGUCUGCAGGUAAACAGCAAUCACUCCUUCUGCACAGGAAGGAGUGAUUGCUGGAAACAAAUUUCUCUCUUGGAAUACUUGUAGGGGAAAACUAUGGAGCAGAGAGAGAGUGUUAUAAAUAAUUUAGCUUGUCUGAUUCUUCCUGUAUUAAGAGGUUGCUUUGAGUUGUUUACAAUUCUGCUGAAAUUGAACUCUUUGGUCAAAAAAUACAGAUGUGCUUUGGGUACCUGGUCAAAUAUAAUGUGAAAUAAAGGAUCUAUUUGAAAUAGUUUUAUAUAAAAAUAUACAAAAGUACAGCUAAAUUAACUGUUUCCAUGCCUGAGUUUAGGCUGGGGUAGAAUUGAUUUCCUUCUGUUGAGAAAUGAAAUCCUAUAAAUGGUUCAUAGAAAAGCCCAUGAAUAUGAUACAUGAUCCUGAGGCAUCCAGAGCUGCUGAAUAGUGUAUGUGAAUCAUAGGGGAAAGUAAAGCCAAUUAUCAUACCUUUCAUAUGCCAACUGGGCAACUUAGAUGCAUCUUUCGGUUUUGACCUUAAACAUAUUUCUGAUGGCAAUACUAUUUUUAGUAUCUAACCUAUUCAUAAUUAAUUCAGAUUUAAAACAAGGGGCAAAUAAAGGAACAUUAAAAACAAACAAACAAAACCCACAGUAAAUAUACCAACAACCAACCAAGAAAAGCCUCCCAACAAACCAAAUAUUUGAUAGAGCUAAUGAAUGUAAGUUGUUUAUCAUUAAUCACUAAAAUAAAAUAAUUCAGUUGUACUAAGAAUGAAGAAAUUUGAGAAAUAUUCAUAACUAUGUUCUAUUAGGGCAGAUCUUUAUUUUUAUUUACUAUUUAUUGUUAUAGGCAGAACAUGAAAGCAUUAGGAAAGUUUUAGUUGAGACUGAGAUCUUCCUUUUACCAUUCUGUAAGAGUUGGCUGAAGGUUGUCAGUUAACUGGAAAUUUUUUGAGGGAAUCCUUUCUUACUUGGCCUUUUAGGCAUCACUAAAGGGAUCAUUUGGACUUUUAGGCAUCACUUUCAAGGCACUUGGAGAAAGGCAAAGACAGCUCAGGUGAGUCCUUUGGUCUUGUUCUUCAAAGAGCUGCUCUGUAUCAGCUAAGCAUGUAAAAUUAGUCUGAGGCCUCCAAAUAAGAAGUCUCUAUCCCUCCAGAAAGGGAGAGAGAAAAUUGGAUUCAUUGGCUCCUAAACUGUCAUGCUGGGAGUCGUACUGCAAAGGUACCAAUCCCAAGUAUUGUCUGCAAGAUAAACUCUUCAGCUGUCUUUAGUUCUUAGCAAAUUGUUUGCUCUCUCCCUCUCCACAAAGGGCAAACAGAGCUGAAUUGGUACCUUCUCUCUGAAUGUUUUUUUUUUUUUUUUACAAAUUUCUGCCUCUUCUGCAGAGAAAGCAAAAUUCCUGGAAGACAAACAUCACAGAGGAGUGUGGAGGGAAAGAGUAAGUGAAAUGCGACUGUGUGAAGUAUGGGAAGGAGGCUGAAGUACAUGCAGAGUGUUGGUGGGAGGUUUUGAUGACACCAGGGUCUUUCAGCUUUUUGGUGUGAAACAAAUUAAUGUCAGGAUGCACUGUGAAAGUAAUAAUCUCCUAAAAUUAAAGAAGUAAUCAUCCUUCUGUCUGAUGAGUGCUGUUUAGUUCUGCUGGGCUUUUUAACCUGAAGCAAACCUGUGGUAUGACACACUGUGGGACAGAAGGAAGGGUGUCCUGGAGAUGGACUUAGAUACUGUGAUUCUGCAGCAUCUUCAUGUCCCUAACAAAAUCCAUCACAUGUUUGGACAAAGAAAAGCCAGGAGCCCAAGAGGCAGAUUGCUCCAGGUAAAAGGCAGUAAAACUGCCUGCCAAGUAAUACAAAAAUAAAUGUUCUGGUUUUAAUGGAAGAGUUAUACAGAACUAUGGGUGUGCUGUGAUAUUAAAUCAUUCAGCCCAACUUACUGCAGAGGAAGCAUGACUUGUGGAAACUCCUUCCAUUGCACUGGAUUUCCUCAGCAUGGUACACGGUCUUUUCACAGGCCCCACACUUGGCUCCUCCUCCCCAGUUUGGCAUCCUUAUCUGAAGGGUUAACCUAGGAAAACAAAUUAUGUAAAUAAAUGCAACAGCAAAUGUGAAUUCUUUUGAAUGGAACAGCUUGACUUAAAUUUUUUUUUUCUUCCCUCUCCCAUCAACUGCUACUGCAUACUUGCAAUAUACUUCGUGCCUAUGUGGUAGCAGAAGUGAGGGUACUACCUUGGUGCUUUGGGGACAGGGACAGUCUAAAUCCCUGUGAUUCUCUCUCAAAAAAGGAUAUUCCUUAGCUUGGUAUACUGUGAUGGUAAAUAUGUGAAAUGAUUGUGAGGUGUUUCAGUGAAAAGGUGCUAGGAUCACUCAACCCUCUUCUGGAAAAGAGGAUCUAGGGUUUGUUUUCCAUCAAAUAGUUGUUUUCUUUCAACACUGUCCUUUCCUGUACUCCAACAUAACCUUUUCUGAGUUCCUCAUGAAACAGCCACAAGAUCUCUGCUGGGCAGCCAUUGUAAAGUAAUAAUGGAGAGGUUCCUGAGGUGCUUAAGGUGUCGGGUUUUUUUCUUUGUCAAUUGCUUUUAAAAUCUAAACAUCAGAGAAAAAAAAAAGAGCCAUGGUUUCUGUUCCAGUUCUUGCUGUUCCAGUUAGCACUGGAGUGCCUUGCCCAAGGUCACACAGGAGGACAGUAGCCCAGCCAAGGUCUCCUGAUGUCAGGCUGAGUGCUUUUCCCUGUGAUUGUGCUGUCACACACCUGGAACAACCCCAGCCCCCAGUCUACCCUUCUGUUUUCUUGUUUGAGUCAUCAUUUCUGGAAAGACUGGGAUGUCAUCUUGUCAUCUGCAUACUGAAUUAUCGGGUUAUUCCAAGCUCCUGGCCAGGCCUUCCUCCUCCUUCUUGGAAAACUAGUCACCUUCUUAUUAUAGUUAUUUUGAAGCCUGCUUGUGCUGUUUGUGUUUGAUUAAAUUCACCAAAGGUACUUUUAACUAAGAGGAGGAUUUUGAAGGCUGAAUCAGGCCUGCUACCUGAGAAUUUUGUUCUGAGGUCAGGUGAUAGACAGAGGGGAAUUUGUCACAGCAGUGAUGUAACAGAGCUGGUAUUUUCAAUAAGUUGCAUUUUAGAGUAAUAUUUUGCUAUGUAUUUAAGUUAGACUAAUGUCCUGUGCUUAUCAUCAUCUCAGUGACUUCUCACUUUAAUCUUCUGAAUUUCAGAAUGAAAUGAACAAUGUCUACAUGCCAGCUCUGCACUCUGAGGGGAAUCCUUUCUGACAGCUAAGACCAAAAAUCCUGCAGUGGUAUGAAAGAAUUGUCUGUCCAGCAAAAGGAAGGGACACACACUGAGACAAUAGCACUGGAGACAUGGCAGUGGGGCAGGUUUUGCAGCCUGUGUUUGAUAACUGUUCAGAUACAGAGCAUAUCCAAACAUCUCUGCCUUACCACAGCAGUUAUUAGCACAUCCUUAACCCUGUGUAAUUAAAUAGUCACUGUUGUGACUGCUACCUUCACUAGACAGCAUACCUGUCAUCCUCAUGCAAGGUCCACCCUGUCUUCCUCUUUGUGAGGCUGAUUUCUGCUCAGCUGAGCACCCUCCCCAGCUCAGCCAUCCCAGCCUUAGCCUUCUGCUGUCACACACCAGCAGCAUCAUGAAUCUCUUCCAGACCCUCCCAGCUCUCUUGGGAGGCUGCUCAGGAGCAGAACUGCUCUGGCAGUUCCAAAACAGUAAUGGUGCAGAAAGGAAAUGAUAACUCACCUUACUUCUAACUCUGUUUAUCUGUAAUGAAAUAAGUGAGAAGCAAAAGAAAAAAAAAAAAAAGGCAAAACUGAUGUAGCUGAAAUAAGAAACAAAACUACCCAGGCACAAUGAACAGAUGAUGAAUUUGAUCUCUCUCACUCAGUGAAGCCUUCUCUGAGCAGCACUGUUAAAUUGGUUUUUCAAUUUCUUUUAAAUGUGAGAUAAAGGAACAGAAAAGAAUCUUUCAUGUAGGUAAAAUCUUAUUCUUACUCUGCUCUUCUAUAUUUUCUUCUGUUUUUAAAGUACUUUUGUAUUGGUGCCAUUUUUUCUUUCUCUUAUGAAAACAUAUUCAAGUGAUGCUUCAAACAUUUUAAAAGAAGAAAGAGCAACUGUGGAUAAAAAUCAGUUUUCUGACAUUUCCUUGGAAAUUAAAAUGAGAUUUUUGUGUCUAUAGUGUUCCCUUUCAAAUCAGGUUUCCAGUGGAAUCCCUUCCCAGCUGAGACAGCACUGACAGCUGGCUGGGAGAAGAGUGGUUUGUACAUCUGCUCUCUGUGAAGCUGCUUUCUCUUUCUUAGGUCUCCUCAAAGGCACACUAAGCCUCCAAAACUGUGGCAGCAAGGAUAGUUGUUGAAGGUAACUCCAAUUACAUCAUCAGCUUAAGGGGAAAAAAUAAUCUCUGAAAAAGUCUGAUAAAGUGGAAUAGUGAACCUUGUGCUGUCAAGGGCUGUGGUUAAAGCUCUUAGAAGGGUCAUUGUUCCUGAAGCUAAUUAUAGUAACAUGACUGGGCAUGCAUACACAUUUUCCACGGUUUUUUUUGGCAUCACCUGAUGAGAAGUUGUAGGAGAAAGAAGAAAGGCAUGGCAGAAAUAUUUCUGUAAGGAUACUGGUGUAAGAAUAGCAGUGCAUGCCAUGAUGUCUAUGCUGGCUGGAGGAACAGCUGGAUGAGGUAAUCGGGCACAUCUGUGCUCUUGCUGUCCAGGCUUUUCUCAUCUCUCUGGAGCUGACUGGCCAUCCCUAGGGAUGCUGCCUUUGCAGCAGGGUCACCAUGAGAAGGUAAUCUCCACAGGGGGUGUGGCUCUCAUAGUUUUGUACUCAUCUAAAUUAUACAGUGGAUAAAGCUCCAUCCUUUCCAUAGAAAUAGAACUUGGUCUCCCAUUUGUCAUCAGAAAAAAAGUAGAUCCAAAGUCUCCACUUCUCAUAAUUUCAUUGGGUGUCAGUGUCUAAAUCCCCAUCAAAUUCCCUGAGCUUUUUUGUCUUAAUCUGGUUAACUUUUCAUAUCUGCUCAUCACAUGAUACUUGUUAUAUUCUGGUGAUCCAGUGGGAAGUGGAGCAGAGUGAUCCUAAAGGUAAGAAAUGUGUGACACAGAAACUUCUGAGUGUUAGUUGCGAUGUGUGGGCACUCAGGGUGCUGUUAAACUGGAGGAGUGUUCUUGGGCUUGCUCAAAUGCUGUUCAGCUUUUGUCAUUCUUCAGAAUGUAGCUUCUAUAUGGAGCAGAAUUUAUACCUCAGAUGUGCAGCCUCAAGGAUUCAUGCCUCCCAUUAUUUAGAGCUUGUAUCACUACUUUGUAGGGUGGGCUUGAAGCAAGGAAGCCUUUGGAGUGUUGAUGUGCUCUCAUAGGCAUGAAAACAUUGUGAGCUGUAUUCUUUUGGGCUGUUAGUCAUACUGUCCAAAUCUGGGUGUCACAUCCUGCCACAGAGGGUCUCUCUCUAAUCAAAGUGCCAUUGAUAAGGAUAAAAUCAAAAAAUGUAUUUUGAUCCAUUGAUCUAAAUGGGUGGUGGAUGCAGUAUGGGCCUGGUGAAAUGUGGAGCAGUAAAAGGCAGUGCUAAUGCCUGACUGUGCUGCAGGUGAAAAAUUAAUGGAUUAAUUGGAAUUAAUUCUGGUGCUUCCUUGCUAAACACAAAGUUUCCCUUCUGUAUGCUCAUGCAUUUCACAGUCUAGAGCUCAGGUCUUAUCUGAAUGGACUGCAGAGUUAUGUAUUGUGUGACUGGCAGGGUUAUCUCUUUGCCACAUGUGCUGCAGGAUGGCUUUGAAGGGGAUAAACAGAAUGGGGAAUAUUGGUCUUUGUGACCACUGGCAGUAGAAGUGCUGAAUGGGGAGUGGGGGGCAGGGUGUGCCUUGCAUCUCUUUGCAUUUUAGUCCCAGCUAAGCUGCUUGGUCUAGAGUCAGUGGAUAAGAAAACUGAUUUCUUGAUUCCUUACCUAACAAUAACAAGCAAUAAUAAUAUAAAUAUAAAUAAUAUAAUAUAGUGAUAAUAUAAAUACUAUAUAAUAUAAAAUAUAAUAUACUAUAUAACAUCUAAAUAUAUAAUAAAAAUAAGUAAUAUAAAAUAUAUAUUAUAUAAUGUAAAUAAUAUAUAAUAAAAAUAUAAAACUCACACAUUGCUGUCUACAUUGAAAUGCAAAGUAUCAAGGCCAUAUUUGAAAUUCAUUUCACAGCUGAUGUCUGUGGGAAUGCCAGUGCAGCCAGAACUUCUCUCUGGUAUCUAAUCACAGCUCUGCUGUGACCUGUCCUGUGACCAUCAUGACUCAUUUGACCAUCCUUAGUGGUACUCACCCCACCAGCACUGUGGGGAUAACAAGAUAUGUCUUCCUUUAUACAAUAGCAGUAAAAUGCUGGUGUGAUUUUUCUCUGCAACUGACACUCACAGUGAGGUUUUCUUUUGAUGUGUCUGUAUUUGAGAUGCCACUGCAUCUUGAACAGCCUGGAGGUGUGUCUGUCAAAAUCCAGCCCCUUGUGCUUCUCCCUCAGCAGGAGAGAUUCACAACAGUGGGAAGGCUUGUGUUUGAAGACAGCUCAUUUGAUGGAGAUGUGAUCUUGUUAUGUGUUUAUAAUCAUAUUUCUGAUAUUCCAAUGAGUUCAGUGGGCUGUGGCUACAGGUGAAUUUUAUUAGUCAGUGUCAUACAUUGAGCUUCCACCAUGAUCUCAUAAUAACCAGCCUUUUCCCCUUACAUGUGCAGUAAAGAAACACAGGUAGGUCAAGGUAUGGGAACGUCAAAACUGGAAAGUAAAUCUUGAUUUUUCAUUGACACUGGUCACACUAAGUUACACAUGGCACUUUGAAACAAAAGAUUUUAACCGACUUUAUAUGAAGCACAUGUUCAUUGCUGAGAGCUGAUAGUGCCACAUUCCCUUGCUUUCAUCUCUGUUCUUCCACUUUUUGUAUUAUUUUCUAGCCUAGUGAUGCUACAUUUCCUUUGAAACUUCCUUGAUGCACACUUUUGCAGAAAUUUAAGAUUGCAUCUCCAAAAAAUACAGUAUCUGAUGCCAGAGUAAGGUACUUCAUUCACUUCAUUCUAACUUAGAAACCAACCACAUUCACAUGCUUGUACAUUCACACUCAUAGUUCAGUCUGAUCCAUGUGGCUGUGGAAAGCUGCUUCCUGCUGUACAAAUGACCCAUUCAAUUUUCCAGGCCUAAUCCUGGGCUAUCAGCUUUCACUAUUCCUUCCACACGAUCCUUCUCUGAAUCCUUAUCCGUACAGUAAGUUCUUUAAGUGCCAGGCAAAACUGCUACAGACUUUGAAAUAACACUGUGGUGACUAAGACACAGAAUUAUUUUAUCUACAUGCAUGGCUUUAUUCUCUGAAAUAAUUUUACCUUUAAGCAGAAAAUUUUUCAUAGUAAAAACACAUAUGUAUUUAUGUAUUUAUUUAUUUAUUUGAAUUUUUGGGGUUUUUUUCCUGAUGAUUUGACCAAUCAUGCUCUCUUAGAAUGCUUGAAUGAUGGAUUUGGGAAUAAUUAUUUCAUCCUGCAUUCUUAGCUAGCCAUUUCUUGUCAAGUCUGCACAGAAGUUUUCCUCUUUUUGAUAUGAAACCAAUUGGUCUCCGACAUUAAAUAUUUUGAAGAUUUUGGGGGUUUUAUUUUGGUUUCUUACUUCUAGUAUACCAUUAUAAAAGCACAAAAAUUUGUAUGCUGUGUACGUGCGCUUUCUAAUGACUGACUGCAGACAUAAUUCUGUAGCUUUGUAAUGAAAUUUUUAAAUAUUCUGAAACUUCUGUUAUCCAGUCAUGCCUAGUCCAAAUGAGUGUCUCUAAUGACGAUCUCCCCAGCCCUGCUCUUGCAGCACUGGUAGCUGCUUGCCUCGCUGAGACAGAAGAAUCUCUCUUUCUACUGGCUACUCCAAACCUAAAACACUGCUCUGUAGGACUCAUUUCUGUACUAUACCUAUGUGGUUUUCUUUGUCAGGCAACAAACUGCUUCUAUCAUCUGUUAGGAAUAAAAAAAUACCCAAACCCUUUUUGGCAGAACCCAUGGGACUCAACUCACCGGAGUCGCUUGAAUUUUCUCCUUCUUUUCUUGGGUCUCAAAGGGUUUGAAUGGGAGGGGUUCCUGCUCUCUUUAAAUGCAGUGACCACUUCUGCCAGCCCUAUAAGCUGGGAGGGGAGGGGAGGGGAUUGAGAGUUUAAGGGAUCUGAGCAAUGCCAUUGCUAUCACCAAGCUGAAAAUAACCUCUGACAAAAGCCUGGCAUUUUGUUCCCUUAUGUCUGCUUGUGAGUAAGUGGACAACAAUGCAGCCCCUCGGAUUACACCUAAAGGACACUCCUGACUGAAAAAUAAAGAUUAAAGUUUUAUAAUUACUCUACUGCAUUGCUUAAAUGUGAAUCAUAAAAUAACAAUUCUUGAAAUGAUGAUCUUGUUAUUAAUGGUCACAUUGCCAAAAGUAAUUUACCAAAAUAAUUGUUAAAAAUAAUAAUACAUCAAAACUUGUUUAUAACACCUCCAGGAAAACAACAGUUUUAAACUAAAUAGCAUUUCAUUCUGCAGUUCAUCGUUUGAGAGAUAGAAAUGGUUUGUCUUCUAGGAUACAGAGGAUUAUGCUUUUACCUCAAAUCUUUCAUUUUUUACUGUUUUUAGGCAUUAAGGUGGGUAGAUAACAUCUUUGAUAUUUAGCCUGUGUAAUUAUUGCAAUUACAUUUGCGAUGCCUGAAUGAGCCCCUUGGAAAUGGAUGAGGCUGCAGAUGUGUUAGAGAUGUGGGCAGUAAAGUAUGAACUUUUUUACAGGGCUUUAUUUUAAGGGCUUUAAAGGUUUAGAAGCUAAUCCUCAUUUUUCUGAGCAGAUGCCUGAAUUUAGCAACUUUGUUCAGGAUCAUGGACUAUGCUGUGUAUGAAAGGGCCCAUCCCAGGGGUUAGACACAAGAACUCUCAAGCUGAAAGUCUCAACUUGGGGACUUUCAUGGAAACAUAAGAAAAUUAGAUGCCAAAUCCACAUUAGACUUUAGGAUUUAGGGGUCUGUUAACUGAGGCUGCUAAGAAAACUCUUAGGAACUUAUCAAUCAGUUUGCUGUUAAGUCUGGCAGAUUUUAUAAUGCAGAGGCAGGUCCUUGGUGUGAAAUUGAAGGACUCUUUCCUGAGCAGCGGAGCUAGACUCCAUCUCUUCUGGGUUGUUGUCCCCAGAUAGUUAAUGGAACUAUUCUAUAUCAGAUAAAGCCAAAUGCAGAGUAGACAGUGCAGUAUGUGGUAUGAGGGUUCCUUGUAAGAGGGCAGCAAGGAGGGGUUGGGGCAGUCAUGAACUCCCUCUUGGAAUACAUGGGAAGCACUGAGAAGCUUCUUAAAUCUUUGUGUUUGCGCCCUUGGUGACUUACGUUAGGACCCCUGACAUUUGAGAUGGAUGAAUCUUCUGUAAUGUUCACUCAUAUUUUAUAGAUCAUGUACUUGGAUGGAUUUGCACCAUAACCAACUGCAGGGAACUCUGUGAAGACAGUUUUUGCUCCAAAAUGUCAACUGUGGUUAGCAGAAUCUGGGAUUGGAAGAAACGACUCAAGACAUGCAACUGGAAUUGCAUAUGCAUGAACUGGAGUGAGAAAGCAGUUUUCUAUAAAUCAGUGGAAGGGAUUAAAAAACCCUGCCCUGAGAGCUGGAACACAGCAACUCCAAAGCGAAGCCAGCCUCAGAGGGACUUCUCCAGAGCACAUCAGGCACUCAGGGCACGUUCCAGGGGAGGUGAGACAAGGCAGGAAGAGCAGUGAGCUGGGCUGCCAGAGACAAAUGCAGGUCUGCUGGGGCAGGAGACCCUUGGAGCAGAGAAAGCAGCAGCUUUCAGCCUGCAAAACCAGCACACAGGAAGGAAAGUGCUCGUGAAAAAUCAACUGCAGUGUGUCAGGAGCCAAGGGACACAGAAAGUCAGAAAACAUGUUCAGCUUUCCAAAAUAUUCUCAGCUUUCUCAGUACAAUGUGUGACAAGACCAUUUCACCAAGCCCAAUUGCUGUAGUUUCUUAGUCUGUCAGCUGUGGUGCUCAAAAAUAAAAGGGGUGUUCUGCUGAGCAAUGCAAGUUCCUAAAACCUUUGCCUUUAUAUUUCCAGAAUGAAGUUGAUAGCAGGUGUAAGGAAGAUCAGUUAUCUCGUUGGAAAAGAAAAAUCUACUCAGUGCUCUAGUGAGAAUUUUUCCCUCUUUCAGCUUUUAUUCUUCUUUCCCCCUCAGUUAGAAAUAUUUCAAUAGUGAAAUAUUCUGUCAGGUGCAUUUUGUAUUAGAACUUUGCACUAUUAAAGAACAGAUGAGUUUGUCUUACUGUGGUAGCUGCUUUAAUUAUAUAUUUAUUUUUUUUUGUGCAGUCCAAGCCUGAAUCUCGGGCUUUGCUACCAUUUAUUUCUUCUAUCCCAGUCUGGUCUACCAGGCACAUUUCAACUGGGAAGGCAGAUACACUGUAUUUUUAUUCAUUUUGUCAGCUAUUACUUGUUUUCUGAAUGUGAACUGUAUGAAGAGUCUUCAUCUUUCUUCCUUCAGUGUAUAUGAGACACUGUUGCCCUUAUUUAAAUUCAAGUGGUUUGAGUAAACCUGUUUGAAACUUCUGUGACAUUUGGCCACACGUUCCUGAAUGCUCCAGGGUAAUAUCUUACUUCCGUUUUUGUUCUGACUUGUUUUUAGGAGUUGUAAUAUGUACUGAUAAGAGUUCAGAAGUUACAUUGAUUUAUUUAAUUCACUUUUUCAUAAAACACCAUUUUUCCUCCCUUCCUUCAGACCACAGCAAGCCCUGCCUGACAAAAAAUGACUUAAGAGAUGCCAGUGAAUACGCAAUAUAUGCAUAUGCAAUGUGUAACUUAGGUAAUCUAAUAUGAUCAAACAGAAAAAGUCACUGUAGAGUUUUAUGUAAGUUUAAUCUGAAUAAAUCAAUUUAAAAAUACAGUAUAAAUAAUUCUUAACUUAUAUAAAAAUUGAUUAAGAAAAUUUGGGAGUUUUUGUGCUUCUUACUAACUUUACAAAACAGCAUUUAUUUAAACACAGAUGCAAAACAUUUUACCUGUGGCCUUUUUGCUAAGGCGUAAAAUAUUUACACACUCACAGUACUUUUUUUUUUUGGUGAAAAAUAUAUACUGACUGAUAGACUGUACCUUUCUGUACAAAGACAAUUUCAGCUUACUUUGCAUAGAAGAAAUCAACACACACAAAAAAACCCACUAGAUACAUAACUUUGCUGUUAAAAUACUUCAGGUAAGCCUUUUGGAAAAAUUCAUUAGGCAUUAACUUUCUCCUUAAGAGUCAGUUUUAUUUUCUAAAGCAACAAUUAAGGCUAUUCCAGCAUUGAGGUCUUGGCAAUACAUGUCCAAACCACUGUCCAUCAUACAAUGCCAGAUGUGUGCAGUGUGUUACCAGCAAUUUUGCCUGUUAACACAAUCAGCAAUUCCCUAUCCCAAAAUUAGUCUUCUGAAACUUCAAGUUUUCGUUGAGGAAUAUACAGAGUUCCUUGAGAGGUUCUCUGGGUACCAUCUGAGUUUGCAGAUAGUGCAGGUUCUGUGUUUGGCCCUCCUGGUGUGCGGAAAAAGUUCUCUGUAACUGCCUGAGGCUCCUGAGGUUCCUUUGGCUGAAGGAACUGAAGAGAAAAGAGAAAGUUACUUUCAUUUAUGGGGGAAUAAAAAGUAAAUUCUACUUCUAUGUUUCUGCAGGAUAUUCGCAAACUUUUUUUCCCCUGAAAUUUAAAAACUGAACUUUUUACUGAGAAGAAUAUACCUGCAUUCCUUUAUAUACAUAUAUAAAUACAUAAAAAUAUGUUUUUUCUAAUCCCCUUAUUUUUUAACACAAACAGAUAUUAGGCAAUACAGUAUUACAUAAAAUAUACAGAGAAAUAUUUUUUUCCUGUGGGGGGGGGGGAAGAUUUAAAAACAUGUACAGUCCUAUCCUAUUAAAAGAAUAGCUAUUAUUAAACACAAGAACUUGAGGGUAGAUUAGGGAAGUAACAAGAAGGAAAGAAAAUAACAAAGGAAUAGUUUUUUAAUAAGCACAAUCUCAGUUUGUGAUUAGUAAAGUAUCUCUCAGAUACGUAAAAUCCUCCCUCUAAAACAGUUGUUUCUUCACAUCAUGUCAUCUUCCAGCUGGCUCCACUUCGACCACAAAUAAGUCACUUAUCUUCCUUGCUAACCUCUCAUUUCUACUGUACUUAGGCUGGCCUUCACUGCUAGCUCUUUUUGGGCAGUGCUGAUUUCUAAAGAUCAAAAAGAAAUGUUUAUUUAUAAUUUUUACCUGCUGUAAGGGAAUUACUGCACUGCACUUCCUACUCAACCCACCAUGGUGGAGUAGCGAUAUGUUUUAACUCACCUUCCCUUCUUGCAUGUUUGUACUCCCUGAGCUAUGGCUGAUAUUUUCUGAUUGGGAAGAGACUGGCACGUGCUGUAGAAUAGGAUUUGCAGGAACUUGCACACCAGCAGGUAUUAGUCCUAUGUGUUGCAGCAUAAAGUUCAGAGCUGAAGAGCUUGGAUUUGGGGCAGAACUGGUACUGCUUGAAUUGAGGCAGGAGUUGCUCAGUACAGGUGCAGCAGCUAUGGAAUUUGGUGACAGCAUUAUGUUCAAGGGUGUUAUAUGAAAAGCAGGAAUAUUGACUGUCUUCAGUUCUGAGGCUGGCAUUGGAAUGACACCUAGAACAGAAACAUCAAGUGUUGAAAGGAAUUAGGGCAAGCUGGCCCUGGCCCCUUGAGCUGGACCCCCGUGCCUGUUUCCCUGGACACUCACCAGUGAUGGGAGAGCUGUAGGCUGUGUGCUGCAGAGAACAUACCCCAGCCUUUUCUUUAGUGGAGCACUCUGCCUUGUUGCCAUGGGUGCAGUGAGUCAGAGGAAUAAGAUAACCAGAUGGAAAAAAAGUCUGAGAAAGAAAGAGACAGCACAUCUUUAGCCCAAACAUGUAGUAAGCAAACCCCAAAACUUUUCUCCAAAAGUGCAACCCUCCCUUGCCUUGUUUUUAUUCUUUAUCCUCCAUGUCCCCAGGAUGCCAUAUCCUAUGCCUGUACUACUUUCUGUCUGAAAUGAGACACAAUAGACUCAAGGACAUGCUCUUUCAAAUUAAUACCACAGAGAAGUCAGCUGGCUCUAUUCCCAGCUGAUACUGUUGGUGGGGAACUGGAAAUCCACCUGGGAUUAACACAGUACAGUUUGACCAGAUGGAAAAGAAACCAUGAUACUGAACACUAUUUUUCCAGAAGAAACCUUCUGGAUCCAGUAAAUCAUCACAUCACCUCAUUCUUGGAUUGUAUUUUUCAUAAAACAAAUAUUGGAUGACAAAGCUUUUGUAUUUACAUAUUCUGUUUUUGUCAACAGAACAAUUCCUUAUUCAGGUUCUCUACAGCAAUCAGUCUUAACUGCAGAAUACUGAAUUUUACUGAUGAAGAGAGAUUCAUGUGAUUCUGUUUCAAAGCAUUUGACAGUAAAUAUAUGCAAGAGAAAAAAUGCAAAAGAAAAAAAAAGAGAGGAUGGGGGAGAUAAGGGGUCUCAAUAUUGCCCUCAGCUCAUUAGUGUGACCUUCAUUUCCAAUGGAAGCCUGAAAGCCUCUUUAUGGCCUCUUUUUUGUGUACUCAACGCAGAAACAGAAAUCCUACAUUCCUACAAAAUAAGGUUUUAAAAGCACAGUAAAAUUAAUACAGCCAAAGACAGCCUAUGUAGGUGUAGUUCGUUGCAGUUUUGUUUCUUUUGCAGAGACUCCAAGUAGUGUUUUCCCAGGGAAUGGCAAGACAAAUCUUACCUCAGGAGCAGGAAUGGCAAAUGCCACAGGUAUGUCUUGUUUUGUUUUGAUUUUAUCUUCAUCUUCUGGAAUAUUUUCUUUUGUACAUGGGUCACAGCAACUUGUCAUGUUCUGAUCUACUGUUUUGGUUUCAUUCUGUCUGUCUUCCUGGACACAGUCCAUUUCGUGAUUUGUUUGUGAGCUGUUGGAAGGUGGUUUUUCAUUCUUAGUGUAUUCUCCC